AUGACCCUUGCUGGUGUUACAAGCACGCUAUUGACGGCACCUUCUCCUUCUCCUUGGACCAUUCAAGACGACAAUGGCCAACAAUGUCAAGUCAAGAGUGACACAUUGGCAACGCUAAUCAGUGUAUUUUUAUGCAUCGGCCUCGUGGUGUCCUAUAUGCCCCAACAUUAUCGUAUCAUUGUCAACAAGACAAGUGAAGGUUUCAGUUCGUGGUUCUUGUUGCUCGGCGUGGUAUCCUCGACAUCCAGCUUUCUCAAUAUUAUCUUGUUGCAAUGGGAUGCGAUUGUUUGCUGUGGAUCCUUGUCGACGGGUGCAUGCCUUGCCAGCUUGAUGGGCGUGUUUCAGAUUAUGCUUCAAUGGACCAUGUUCUCGCUUGUGUUUAUCUUGUUCUUGAUCUAUUUUCCCGAGAAAUAUGCUGCCAUAGCAACGCCAGACCUACCCACAAAGGUGCACACCAUGACUACAGAAUGGAAGACCGCCCUUGUCAUUGCCGCCAUCUGUACGGGCCAUUUUGCCAUCUCGUUCCUUAUCACCGUCAUACUACUUGCUGCUGUUGGAAGUCCUUCGCAACAUUGGGAGACAAACUAUUGGGCUGGCAUUCUUGGUAUUCUCAGCAUGAUCUUGGCUUCUUUCCAAUACUUGCCCCAAAUCUGGAAGACGUGGAAACGUAAAUCUGUUGGUGCAUUGAGUAUCCCCAUGAUGUUGUUGCAAACACCUGGCUCGGCCCUUUUUGUGUACUCACUCGCUGUUCGGCCUGGUACCAAUUGGACAGCAUGGAUCACGUAUCUCGUAACAGGUAUUCUGCAAGGUACACUCUUGGUCAUGUGCAUUGUUUGGCAUUUCCGCAACAAGCGUUUGGGCAUCGAUGAUUUGCAUGGUACACGUAUUCAAGACGAGCGCACUCCCCUUUUGCGUGAAGAGAAUCAAUAA